AAGAGGAGAGGCGAGUGGAGUAAAUUCUGGCCAGACAAGGUGAGUUGCUAGUAGUCAAGGACACUUUUCUCUCCUUUUUAUCGUUUUGCUAUAUCUGCGCGUGUAAUUAUAACAAAUGACAAUUUUCUUCUCGAUUAUUUUGUUAUGUGAGCGUUUGUAAUUAAUCAACUGGCUAUUUUUUCAACAGUUCGCAGAGUGAGCCAGUCCACGCAAGCCAGGACUCCCGUAGGUUAGUGAUAUGUCUGGGAUAAAACGAAAGCUUCCAAGAGCUUGGCUGAGAGUGUAUGUCAUAAGGCAAAUGAAGAAGACUAAGUCGAGAAAGGUAGAAAAAAACCUUUCCCUCGUGUUCCCAAAUGCCCGUCGCGUUUUGUCGCAGUGUAAUACACGGCUUAGGCUUCUUUAUUUGUUCAAUAUACAUCUCUCUUUUUUUUUUUUUUUUAUUCGUUCCAUGUAUAUCUUCUUUUUUUUUUAAGCUUCCCUUUUCGAAUGUUUCACUGUUUGAUUUCUCCAAAUUUUCGUUGCAGCAAGACCGCUGGGUUAGGCAGCUCCCGAGAAACAUCGCCGCACAGGCGAAAGGGUGCCACGCCCCGAAGAAUGCGUCGACAGGAUUUCGUUUUGACCGAAGCCGAGCGGGAAAAAGGCAGCGUAUCGCCGGAAGAGACGGAAGAAGAUUCGGAGGAAAAUGACUCGGACCAUGUCGAAGAGGAGGACAGUCAGGUGGAAGACAGUCCAGGAUUUCAUCGCCGCGUCGACGGCAUGCAUCAGGGUUCGGGGACAGAUUUCGUCGCUCCCUACUUCCCCACGGCGUUGGCUGUCUCCAAGGAAUGCCCCCUGGCUUUCAACUUCGACCUGCGACUAUUGGACUGCCUACGUUUGCCCUGCGAACUGGUGGCUAGGACAGAAAUGGCCAUGAUCCCCUCUGGAGAAGCAGCCAGCCGGGAAGUGAACUUUAAAAGCCGCGAGGAAGCCGUCGCCUACUGCCAAGAUCGUUUAAAGCAGGGCUGGCUGGUUGGCAAAGAUAACCGACGUCCGAGCAAGCGACUUCGACUGUCCCACCCGGAACUACAGAAAGAGCAGCUGUUCAAACGGGAAGGCAGGAGCUUGGAAAAAGUGCUAGCCAGUGGCAUACCCGGCCUCGAUUUAUCCUUGGACAAAGUGCGCCUUGACAGGUUUGACAACGUGAUGCUAUGGAACGCCCCCGAAUGGUCGCCGGCCAGCGUGCAAUUCACGCAUGGCUUUCCGAGACGUCUGAUUGAGGCUGAGCACGGCGGUUUUUUGCCAGGCAACAUUGUCGUGACCGCCAAAGCUACCAAUUUGUCCAUCCGUCGCAUGUCAAUCAUGGACGUGGCCUCGCUGCUAAGCCGACAGUGUAUCGCUGGCUCCGGUCUGAGCCUAGCGCGACUAUUGAAUCUCCGGUAUGCCGCAGUCCGUUACCACAGCUCCGAUAGCUAUCUGCCGGACUACCUGGUCCGUGGGACGCUGGAUUUCGGCGUGAAUUUCCUGACGUUCCAAGCGGUACAAAGCGAUACGCUGGAUGCGCUGUCUCGCUGCUUGAAGGAGCCCUGGGCUUGUCAAUCUGAAGGGCAAGGAGAGGGGGAGGAGGAAGAUUUCGCAGCCAGCGCGGUGACUCUGUCGGCGGACCUGCUCAGAAGCAUCGGACACCGAGCGAUGCCGGUGGAGCAGACAGAGGUCACCGCGGUCACGGAGCAGCGUGAGAGAGCCCUGAAUCGGAUAUUGUCUAACUCGGUGGCGGAGGCGGACACGGAGGCGGAAGCCGCGUCGGGAACACAGGAAUCGCCGGCCACCAACAGCACAGAGGUCUCUAGUCAGGCCACGCGCAAGCGUAAACGCAAGGGUUCCUCCUCGGCCGGAAGUCGCCCCGUCAAGAACAAGAAGGCCACGCCCAAAACGCCAGAGACAGUAGCCUCUGAUGAGGACUCUACCACUUCGGAAGAACAAGAAGCCACCGCCCCAACCACCGCACAGACAAGGAGUAGAGAUCUCCAGCUGGACACAUGUCCCGUCCGUGGCCUGCGGAGAGAUGUCUUUCCGGAAGGGGAGGCAAGAAGGAAGCUCUUUCAGUUUUUGGGCCAACAUCAGCCCAGUGACCCGCAGGUGGUGGAGCGCAAAGCCGGUGGAAACGCCAUAUGGACCAAUCCCGGCGACAUUUGCCAACAUGCCGUGGUGAGCGCCGCGGAGAGCACGGGGGAAGUCCAACGCCUUUUGCGAGACCUCUUUGCCAAGCUCCGACACCACUGUGUCUGCCAGGAAGGCAACUGUUCACUUCGCUCUGACGCCCAAACCCUAUCUGGUGACCCCGCACCCGCUUGCCAGAGUCCCAGGCGAUGUCAAGUUUGCCUGGCAUUUGAAGCCCAGCCCAGGGAGCUGUAUGGCAAAUGUCUGUCCACCAAAAACGAACGCCUGAAUCUACUGCUCUGUUGUUGUCCGGCCAUUGCCAAGAUCUGCCGACUUUCGAAGGCCCCGACCACUCUGUCAGCGGACGAAAGCCAGAAACAUGACCUGGAUGUUCGGAACCUGCUGCGUGCCCUAGUCAAAUGUGGCGAGAACCGACUGAACUGCAUGCGCAACAUCGGUGACCUGGCCGAAAUUACCCCGCGCCUAUUGUGCGUCCAGCUAAGGACUGGCCACUCGGAGUUUUGGAAUCACUUGCGCACUGUUGCCAAGGUCGUAAACAAGCAACCGAACCUGGAAGCCAAAUUGGCCGCUCUGAUAGCCCUCCGAAAGUUGGUGCCACCUGGCAAUCACUGGUCUUUCUAUCUGGCCUCCACAGAUGAAAAUGCAGGCACGGAGCUGGACAUCCUGAAGCGUUGGACAGAAGCAGCCUCGAAGUCGGGGUCAACCGCUGAUAGUUCAUCCUCCAGCCGUCCUCUCCAGGCAGACAAUUGACACGUUGAACUCUCUCUCCUGCUACUUGUAUUAGGUAUGGAGCCUAGAAAAACAGUCAAGAAAAAAGUAACGUAAGGUUUCGCCGGUCGGGCCUUUUUCGGCUUGUGGGUUGUUGUUGUUGUUGUUUUUUCUUUUUCUACCCCGGACAGACAAGCGACUUUCAGAAAACUCAACUAGGGGUAAGAAAACAAGAGUCAUUGUAGAUAUCGUUAUUGCCAGUCGGUCGACUUGUUGAUGAAAUGAACGUGUAGUUUGUCGUUUUCUUAGAAUUGAGAGCUCUGCUCCCAGCAAAUUGCUUGUUGAAAUUGAUCAUCCUAAGUGGGUGGCCAAUGCUUUUAACAAUUUCCUCGCCAAUGUCAGUACCUCGCAUGAGAGAUCAUUAGAAUUUUUGGAGAACAAUAAAGUCAUUGAAAGCGAGCAGAUCUCAGUAAAGCCUUUGAUACUUGACGGAAAACUAGAUUAUUACGGCACUCGUGGUGUAAGCAAAGAUUGCUUUGCCAAAGUAUGGAGCUCAAUUAGUGAGAAUUUGAAAACCUCUAUUUCAGACUUCAAGGAAUCAGUCAAGAGCGAUCUAGUCAAAGCUGAUUAGUUACUUAUGUUCUUAUUAGCAGUUGUGUUGUUUUCCAAUUGACCUGUAAAGUAGUGCUAUGAACUAUUUUAGACUUCCUUCGUGGCAUAGAGAUGAACUGUAUUUUAUUCCUAUUUAAUGCUGAUCUUAUUAGCUGUGAUUUUCACUUGAAAUAUCUCCAGUGAACUUUGUAAUGUUUAGCUUUAGCCAGAGGGAGUACCAAUAAAGAUCGAUGGAUUGAAGACACGGCUUGUUAGGCGUAUUGAAUUGUCCUUGGCAAAUUGGCAGUUUUUUUGUCACGGACGCAGAGCAAUUUUGUCAGGGAUAAAAACAAUUUUUCUCACGGAUAAAGAGGAAUUUUGUCGCGGAUAAAAGGAAAUUUUGUCACGGAUAAAAAAAAUUGGGUCGCAUUGUGCAUGUCAAAU